GCACAACAAUUUAAGUGUCUCAGUUGAACGGAAUCGGUUAGAUCGAAGACAACACUCUUUUGUAGUGCAGUGACUCAGUGUGACGAUUAAGUUUCAUGUGUCUAUCGGCGUUCAGAAAAGUUAAAAUCAAAGAAAUGCCCACUGAAUCCACCAUUUGACGAACCAUAAUUCAAUCGAACAGAAAAAUAAAUCAAACAAAAUUGAAGAACGAUGACGAAGUCUGCGACCAUCAUGGUGGAUAUCUUAAAUAAAUAUUUACCGACAAACAUGUUAGUGCCGACCAAACACCAGACAAUUUUUAUUUGUCUCAUGUUGCUCUGCCAAAGCAGCAUAGUUCUGUGCGAUGACUCGUAUGAAGCGGCACGUAUGGUCGACUAUCCGAACACAACCGUCGAACAGAAUGUAUCCAUUGCAACAGAUCCCACACCAACCGAAUCUCAGUCAUUUUUUUCCAAUCUGCUGAACAAUGGUUUCGUCCACGCGUUCGUCGCUUCGUUAUCGGUCAUAUUGGUGUCGGAAUUGGGCGAUAAGACAUUCUUCAUCGCCGCCAUAAUGGCCAUGCAACAUUCACGGAUAAUCGUAUUUCUCGGUGCAAUAUCAGCCUUAGCAUUGAUGACCAUACUGUCGGCUGUAUUCGGAUUAGCGGCCCAAUUUAUACCGCACAUUUACACAUUUUACAUAUCAACGGCGUUGUUCGUGUUCUUCGGUUUGAAGAUGCUGUGGGACGGCUAUCAUAUGACGGCCAAAGACAGCAAGAAUGAACUGGAAGAAGUUCAGUCGGACAUUCGACGGCGAGAGAUUGAAUUACAGUCGACCACAAUAUCACCGGAUGCAGAGAGUGCGACGAGUGGUAAACAGUCCAGAUUUCUCACAUGGAAAGUGAUCCUGCAAGCGUUCACAAUGACAUUCUUGGCUGAAUGGGGCGAUCGCUCACAACUGACAACAAUAGUUCUGGCUGCCCGUGAAGAUAUUUAUGGCAUAAUGGUUGGCGGUUGUUUGGGACAUGCAAUUUGUACUGGUGCUGCGGUAAUUGGAGGGCGAUUGGUUGCACAGAAGAUAUCGGUGAAACAUGUUACGCUGAUUGGUGGUGUCGUUUUCCUAAUUUUUGCUGUAGUAUCGUUGAUAAUGGGACCGAAUGAUGAGAAACCGGAAGACGUAGCUCCAUAAUUUCUUCAAAAUUUUUUUUUGUAAAUAAAAUAUUUUUAGUUGUAAGCAUUUAAGCCACAGCAACCACUCAUUA